AUGGUUUCAAUCCCCCUCAUGUCGAUCGAACCGAAAACGGUGAAGUACCGCGAAGUACCGUACCGAAGUACCGAAGCAAGGAAGGAAGGACACUCAUGCUGCCGUGCAGGAACUAAGAACACGGCCAGUGGACAAACGCGAAAUCUUCUCUCGCGUACGGUUGAAUCGUCGCAGUCCCCUCGUCAAUCAGAUAGUGUGCAGUCAAACCAAGUGAUUCAUGCCCAUGCUCCCUAUGAUGGUCCGACGCAACGACAAUUAGCAGCAAGGCAGUCCCUGGCCAAAGAACUGCCUAGAUUUUCCGGCGACCCCGCAGAAUGGCCAAUCUUUAUCUCGAAAUACCGCUACACUACAGAAGCCUGCGGCUUUUCGGAAGGAGAAAACAUGCUUCGUCUUCAGAGAUGCCUAACAGGUCCGGCGUUGGAGGCGGUGCGAAGUCGGUUGGUUUUACCAGCAGCAGUACCACAAGUAAUGGAAACCCAUCGGAUGCGAUUUGGACGUCCCGAACUGCUGAUCAACGCGCUGCUUCGGAGAGUGCGCGAUAUUCCGGCCCCAAAAUCGGAUCGACUAGAUCAACUUAUUGACUUCGGGAUGGCAGUGCAAGCGUUAAGCGAUCAUAUUGAAGCUGCGAAUGAACGCGCUCACCUAUCGAAUCCUGCACUAUUGCAGGAACUCGUCACAAAACUCCCAGCCGACCAACCCUUCGAAUCGGAGGUAAAGCGAUCGAACCCUCGCGAUCGCCCUAAAGGCAAAGGAUUUGUUAACUCCCAUGCAGUCGAAACACCAAGGUCUGGGGAGUCAACUCGUGAACCACAAGACCCGUCUAAACACUUUGAUUGCACCCACUGUAACAAGAGUGGACACCGAUUGAGGGAUUGUGCUGCAUUCAAACAGUUGCAUGUGGACGAUCGUUGGCGACGGAUUCGGUCGCUGGGUCUGUGUCAGAAUUGUUUAUUCAAUCAUGGACGUCGAGCUUGUCGAGGUCGGAAACCUUGCAACAUUGAAGACUGCCAGUUUCGUCAUCAUCCGCUUCUACAUUCCACUAGAACACUAUCGAAGUCGCUGACAAGCGGAGUAGGAGAACAUCACACUCAUCGUCACUCUUCUUCCUCGACGUUAUUUCGAAUCAUCCCAGUUACUCUUCACGGAAUUCUCGGCUCGAUUGACACGUACGCAUUUCUCGAUGAAGGUUCUGACCUGACACUGGUGGAAAGCGACCUGGCGAUAUCACUAGGAGUGAAAGGAACACCGCGACCGUUGUGUCUCCGAUGGACCGGAAAUACAUCCCGUAUCGAAAAAGGGUCGCAACAGAUCACGUUUGAGAUUUCUGGAAUUGGACAAUGCAAGCGGCAUAGGCUACUGAACGCACGUACCGUAGACAAUCUAGGCCUACCAAGCCAGAGCUUCUGCAUGGAGGAAGCUGUUAAGAUGCACAAACACCUAAACGGCAUCCCGCUUUCCAGCUACCAGAAUGCCGUACCUAAAAUUCUCAUCGGCGUGGAUAAUCUACGUCUAGCGUUGCCGCUGAAAGUGCAGGAAGGCGACGGGAUGGCUCCCGUGGCGGUGAAAACCAGACUAGGUUGGUGCGUAUACGGCCCUCGAGGACGCAAAAAUUUAGGCUAUAACUUUCACAUUUGUGAAUGUUCCUGUGAUGAGACCCUUCAUGGCGCAGUGAAAGACUUCUUCGCAAUCGAAUCAGUUGGAGCAGAAUCGGUGAUUAUCCCACGAACAAACGAGGAUAUGGACUAUGGAAGCAACUACUCGGUACAAGAAUGGACGCUUUGA